CGGAGGAAGAUGGAGAUGGUUGUCUAGUGGGUUAAACCACUGAACUGGUAAAUCAAAAGGUUCCUGGUUCGAUCCCAGCAAGCCACCAGCAGUGUGUCCUUGAGCAAGACACUUUACUCCAUGUUGCUGCAGGGGGAUUGUCCCUGUUAUAAGUGCACAGAAUUUGGGUUCCUUAGUCGCUUUGGAUAAAAGCGUCUGCCAAAUGACUAAAUGUAAAUGUAAAUGUAAGUACAGCCUCUGCUGGGCCUUUUUGACAAUAGAUUCAAUGUGAGUGUCCCACUUCACGUCCAGAAAAAUUGUGGUGCCCAGGAAUCUGAAUGGUUCCACUGCAGUCACAGUGCCGUUCAUGAUGGUGCGUUUGGGAGAACAGUGGGCUUUCUACUGAAGUUCACGAUCAUUUCCACGAGCAACUAACCCUCCGACACUAGAACAAUAGAAAUAAACUUGUUUACGAUCAGCUGCAUCUAAAGACUCUUUUAUUCUCUCGUCAUAAUGAUAGGUACAUAUACAUUUUUGAUUUAACCAUUAAUGGUUCAAGGAAUGUGCUUGUCAGUAGGAUCAUUUUGGAGGUGGACUAUUGAUAAAACAUAUAAACAACAUUCCAGUCCAGUCAAUUUGGUAUGUUUUACAGAACCUUUCUUUUUAACAUGUUUAUAGAUGUAGUUAUGACAGACAUCGGAGAUGUCAAAUCAACAAUAUUGAUUUAUUGUUUAAGCAAGAAAAUAGAGCGCCCUUUCAUUCUUCCAUUAUUACUUCCCUGUUUCUUACUUUUUCCUUGUUAUUGUAUACUGUAGAUGGAAGAAAGAACAAGACACUGUCGAUUCAACAGAAAAGUCACAGCUAAAUUAAACAUCUUUACUAACAGCAGUAAAGGACAGCAAGCAAUUAUUCUGAUUUAUAGUGUUUGUGCAACAUUUAAAAAAAGUAAAAAGUAGCUGAAUUAAGGUGUACAGAUUUGCAAUAAAUGCAAAAAUAAAAGGAUACAGUAGCCAUUAUUUUUUUGGAGAGCUAUUUUAAAUGUCUGUUCAUACAAUUAACAAUAUAUUGCUGCUGUGAGGUAACAGUGUGGUGCACACUCAAGGUGUGUGGGUGUCUUCAUACUGUAGCUUCAUGUGUGUGAGCAUGUGAGGAGAGGAGGGGGAUGCAGCUGCCAUGGCAACGGGUGCUGUGUAUGGAAUAUAGCAGCCAGUCGCAGGCAGCCAGCAAAAUAUCCAUCCUUCCUUUCUCAUUUCAACUACACUUUUCUAGAAACAUACUCUCUCUACAGACCAGACAUAUAAACACAUUUGUGUUGCAGAACAAUCAUCAUUUGAAGCAUACACACACAUCCAGGAUGGCGACCAUCACCUGCACACGUUUCACAGAGGAAUAUCAGCUGUUUGAAGAACUAGGAAAGGGAGCCUUUUCUGUGGUUCGAAGAUGUGUGAAAGUUCUUUCAGGGCAAGAGUUCGCUGCCAAGAUCAUCAAUACAAAGAAGCUUUCAACUAGGGAUCACCAGAAGCUGGACAGGGAGGCUAGGAUCUGUAGACUGCUGAAACAUCCAAAUAUUGUACGGCUGCAUGACAGCAUUUCAGAGGAAGGUCACCAUUACCUCAUUUUUGACUUAGUUACAGGUGGUGAGCUGUUCGAAGACAUUGUGGCCAGGGAAUAUUACAGUGAAGCAGAUGCCAGCCAUUGCAUUCAGCAGAUUCUGGAGGCAGUACUUCAUUGCCAUCAGAUGGGUGUUGUGCACAGAGACCUAAAGCCCGAGAACCUGCUAUUGGCUUCCAAAUCCAAAGGCGCAGCUGUGAAGUUAGCAGAUUUUGGCCUUGCAAUUGAGGUUGAAGGGGACCAACAGGCCUGGUUUGGCUUUGCUGGUACACCCGGUUACCUGUCCCCUGAAGUCUUACGGAAAGACCCUUAUGGAAAAGCUGUGGACCUGUGGGCAUGUGGUGUGAUUCUCUACAUCCUGCUCGUUGGAUACCCACCAUUCUGGGAUGAAGAUCAACAUCGUCUUUAUCAGCAAAUUAAAGCUGGCGCCUAUGAUUUUCCUUCACCUGAGUGGGACACAGUGACCCCAGAGGCAAAAGACCUUAUUAAUAAGAUGUUGACUAUUAACCCAUCCAAACGCAUUACUGCCGCAGAGGUACUCAAACAUCCAUGGAUUUCACAUCGCUCCACUGUUGCAUCUUGUAUGCAUAGACAGGAGACUGUUGAGUGCUUGAAGAAAUUCAACGCCAGAAGGAAACUUAAGGGUGCCAUUCUCACUACAAUGCUUGCCACCAGAAACUUUUCAGGAGGAAAAAGUGGGGUCAGCAAGAAGACAGAUGGUGUGAAGGAGUCAUCUGAAAGUACCAACACCACAAUUGAGGAUGAGGACACUAGAGUAAGGAAACAAGAAAUCAUCAAAGUAACUGAGCAGCUUAUUGAAGCCAUCAGCAACGGAGAUUUUGAGAAUUACACGAAGAUGUGCGAUCCUAGUGUAACAGCGUUUGAACCUGAGGCCCUGGGAAAUCUGGUGGAGGGUUUGGAUUUCCAUCGCUUCUACUUUGAAAACUUGUGGUCAAAGAACAGCAAACCAGUCCACACCACCAUCCUAAAUCCUCACAUCCAUCUAAUCGGUGACGAGGCUGCCUGCAUUGCCUAUAUUCGCAUCACGCAAUACCUUGACAUAAAUGGCAUGCCACGCACUGCCCAGUCAGAGGAAACACGGAUCUGGCACCGUAGAGAUGGAAAGUGGCAAAUUGUCCAUUUCCACCGUUCAGGUUCUUCUUCUUCCAUGACAAAAUAAGUGAGUCAGUUGAGCUACAAAGUCGCAGCACCACUUGCUUGAAGACACAAAGCCCCUGCUUCUCAUGUUUUACUUGAACUUAUUUGGCCUUCUGCUGUACAAUAUCGUCACGUUCACAUUAGGAUUUAUUCUGUUUUGCCACACAGAAUAUUUUUUUUAUGAUCAACUAUGUUUUUGUUCUGUGCGGCAUUAAUGGUUCUUUUUAAGAGAUAAGCACUGAGGAAUCAUAAUGAUAAAGGACAGUUUAUUGCCUGUUGUAAAGGAAAGCAAAAUAGAAAAUGUCUUGUAGUAUCUUGGAUAUGAUGUUCGCCAUUUUUACAAAAUUUGAUAAAGAUAUUUGACCACAAAUUAGAUAUUUGAGACAAGCCUGGACCAUUUUUAAUUAGAAGUGACUUACUGUUUUUUGUAAUUGAAACAGAUUGUUGUAUAUACUGCUGAUUUUAAUCUAAGGAGGCCGCUAUUUUCUUUUUGAAGACGUAAAAAGUGAUCCCCACCAAACGAAAAAUUAUUUUGAAAUAGAAACACAAUCUAGUUCUACUGUAGAUAUAGGGUGCUGUUAGAAAUCUAAAAACUUAAGAGAAAUAAUACAGAAGUAAUCAAGAAAAUGCCCUUAUAGCACACAUACAUCUGGGGGACGUCUAUUUGAUGUUUGCAUUUACAUCUUCAAGAUGUUUGUUUUGCUCAUUUGCAAUACAUCAAUUAAAUGUCUCCUGUCAGAUGUCAUAUAGGCAUCUAGAAGAUGUCUGUAAGAUGUUCAUGACUUAGAAUGUGUUUUUAACAUAUUUUCCAAGGUGUUUAUCUCUUGUUUUUUUACAAAGAAGGGCCAGUAUUCAUGAAAAAUCUUGGUUGCUCCUAGUGACAAAAUUCUUAGAAAUGUGGGCAUUCCCUUUAAAAUUACAGAAAUUAUUCUAGUAAAUAAAAUGUAAUUCAUAACGCAUCUUAACCCUUAAAAGAGCUCUUAAGUUCCAAAAUUGUUAGGAGUAGCGAGGAUGACUUUUAAAGAGUUUCUUUAGCAGCAGAUAAAAUGGACAAAACGCUAAGAGGGAGAAUAAAUGCGUUGCACAAAAUACAUUAAAGAUAUAAGUUAAUAAGACACAACACAUUAGAAAUGUCAUAGCACCAGAAAUAGAUGUAAUCACUACAAUAACUACAUUAAUAUAUUCGGCAACUGAACAAAAUGCAACUACACAACAGAGAUGAUUUGGUUCAAGUAAAGUGAUCAAACAAAGAAUUACAGCACUUUCAGAACAUUCUUGUCUUGUUAUUCAUUUUCUAUCAAAUAUGUUAAGUAUGACAUUAACAGCAUAGUAAAUAAAAACAAAGAAUACACAUACACACAUAUAUAAAUAUAUAUAUGUGUGUGUAUGGUAAAACAGAAAAAAAUCACACAUCUAAAUUCAAACUGACGACUUAAAACAGUUUUUUUCCUUCUUGGGCAACCAACCAAUCACGAUCUUCAUAAGACUGUGUCAAACAUAGCAAUGGUGUCAGCACCGCCUCCUCAGUAAGAUCAACGUUUGUAUUUUAUUUGCCCAAAGUUGCUAUCAGAUUGGUCCUGAAUCGCUCUUAAGUAAAGACUUCUUCGUAGAAGUAUUUAAGCUAAAUUUAGAGCUUUCUGAAAGGAUUCGAAUAAUUAUUUGAAGAAUAUCAGCAGACAUGUUUUCUGUUUUAUACAUUUUGAUUUCUCUUAUAAAACUGUUUUAAUCAUAUCAAAACAAAGCUUUGCAUAAUAUGAAACAUGCUAGUUAGAAUAUAAGUAAACAGACUAUCAAUUCAUUGUAUGCUUCUUAAACUUUUCCUUCAUGAAAGCAGUUUAUUCAGUAUAGUGAAGCCUCUUCUCCAUUGACUUCCAUAAAGAAGUGGCCUCUGUUCUCCUUGCUUUUAAACUGCUGUUGUUGCCAGCUUAGCCUUCAGUGGGUUUGCUGCUUAUAGACUACCUGACAGUUCGCAUGUGCUCAAAUACAGUGGAUAUCUGUAAAAAUAGCCUAACUUCAAGCAUCAUGUCAAUGUGUUUCUCAGUAUUCACAAUGUAUAAAAUUUACAACAGAAAUGGAUAAUAAUGUCUUAAAUUAUUGAUACUGUCAACUAAGUGUUAUCAUAAUAUGUAAGUUUAAUGCAUGUUUACCUUGAACAGAUUAGGCACUCUUCAUUUAUGGCAAACACGCAGGGACUGUAUUCAAAAAACAUUUUAUGGCAAGAAGUAGCUCCUAACUUGCCGAUUCAGGAGAAACUCUUAAAAUAUUAAUACAAAUUUUAGGACUCCUACAUUUUUGUGCAAAGAAUAUUUCACAAGGCAUUUAAGCGCUAAAACUAGCUCCAAAAUCAGUGAGAUAUUAGGAGUAGGGAAAAGGACUCAUUUAUCACUAAGACCAACUCACAACAAUCCAUAAAUGGAUGUAACACCGGCUGUUUACCUUGACAUAAUAAACAUUUUAGAAAUAUUUCAUGACUAUGAGCUUAACAUAAAGACUACUAAUAUCUGCUGACUGUUCAUGAAAUAGGCAAUUAGCUGAACAUAUACUUUAUAUAUUAUAUUUUAUAUAAACAUAAAGUUUAUUUGCAAAAACAGACAACUUUUUUUUAAUAUUUAAAAAAUCAGGUUGUUUAUAGUGUUAUCAUGUGUUAUUGGUAAUUAACAAAGAACAACCAAUAAAACUAUAUGAUUGAUAUGAAUUGGAAUGUCCAAUAAAAAAACAUGAAUUUUGAAAAUAAAUAAAAAUCCUUUUUUAGAGGUAACUGUUUUUGUAAAUUAACUGUUCACUUGUUUAAUUAGAAGCUUAACCUGGUGUAUAUUUUAUAUUAAUUAUAUUUAUUUUAAUAUGGCAACAAUUUAAAUAAUUCUUAAAUAUUUCUAUGAUUAAAUGCCUCUAAAAAUCCUCAAAAAAAGAAUCACUGUGGUCGUUGUCAGUAUUCAGUGGUUGGUCAACCCCACCCUUUCUCUUAGCUUAACAUUUCUUUCUGUUCCUUAGUAAAAGUAGUUCUAAGCAGUGUUGUGAAUACAUUUUAAGAGGAAACUUUUAAUGCGGUUUAGCUCUUAGUGGUAAGAUAAAAUGUUUUGUGAAUGCAGGCUCUGGUGUUGAUGACACCUACUGUCUUUAUGUACUUAAAUGUAGCUCAUCUUCUGUAUAUUCAUUUUACGAACAUGUUUACACCUUCUGACAGAAAACUUGUUUACCUCGCUUGUACCAUUAACUUAUUCGCCGCAAGCCUCUUUAAAAAAAAGUUACCAGCCUACGCCAGCGUUUUUUUACAUUUUCACCUUUUUCACCUUUAACAAUUUCAAAUUUAAUUGCUCACAGUACAUUUUUUAUAAAGAAUAUAUGGACAAACAAUUUGUCAAAUAAAAGAAGAGAGUCUCAGCUUUCAAACAAAAGAAACCGUAUUCUUCUAUCUUCAAUUGUUCGUUUUUUAUCACUCUGUAGAUCUUGGUAGGUUACUUCCAAAAUGCAUCUUUUUGAUAAAACAGCUGAGAUAAUUAACGUUUUUUGUCAAAGAUUUCGACCAGGUUCCACUCAGGACAAUCAUGAAAAAACGCUAAAACAUAUACGUUCUAGGUUCUGGGAUUCUGUAAUUUUUCCCAAAGGAGUGUUAUAGCGCCACCUGCUGUAAAGUACUAAUACUGAUUGCCGUAAAAACUCGUCUUUGGCGGGGAACCGUUUUUUUUAAAUGACGUGACAACUCGUCAAUGGCGGUGAAAGAGUUAAGAGAAUGGGUUUGGGUUGCAAUCUUUUGACGUCAGGUACAGUGAGGGAAAUACGUAUUUGAUCCCUGCUAAUUUUUAAGUUUGCCUGCUUGCAAAGAAAUAAAGGGUCUAUAGUUUUUAUGGUAGGUUUAUUUUAACUGAAAGAUUUUUAAAAAAAAUCAGGGGAAAAAUAUUAAAUAAAGGUUAUAAAUUGAUUUGCAUUUCAGUCAGUAAAAUAAGUAUUUGAUCCCCGAGCAAAACAUAACUUUGCACUUUGUGGAGAAACUCUUGUUGGCAAGCACAGAGGUAAAACAUUUCUGAUAGUUGUUGAAGUCAUCCUGUGCCCGUAGCAGCGAUAAAAAGCCCUAUACCAUAAUAUUUCCAACACUGUGCUUAUCUGGUGUUCUUGGGGUCAUAGUCAACAUUUUGUUCCCUCCAAUAACAGGAGUCAAUGUUGGUCUCACAGAAGUGCCAGCACUUUCGCCAAAGCCUUUUCACUUCAGAUUAUUUUUUCUCACUUCAGAUGAGGCAGGCGAGCCUUCUUGGGUAGGAGGACCUUGCAGGUGCUUCAGGAUUUCAAUCUAUUGUGGCCUAGCGUGUUACCAAUGGUUUGCUCGCUAACUGUGGUCCCAACUGUCUUGAAAUCAUUAACAGGCUUCUUCCGUGUAGUUCUGGACUGAUCUUUAACCUUUCUUAUGAUCAUCUUUACUCCAUUGGGGAAAUCUUGCAAGGAGUGCCAGAACAAGGGCAUUUUAUAGUUAUUUUGUAUUUCAUAAUUUUUUUAGUAUACAUAAUAAGUUGAUUUAAGAGUACUUUCUUAAAGUGACAGGACUAAUCUGUGGUCCAUAUAAGGCACAAAACCAAUCUGUGGAGCCAGAAUUCUUGCUAGUUGGUAGGGGAUCAAAUUUUCAUUUCACUGACUGAAAUGCAAAUCAAUUUAUAACAUUUAUAUAACGUUUUUCUGCCUGAUUUUUUUAUAUCCUGUCUCUAUCAGUUAAAGAAACCUACCAUAAAAAAUAUAGACCCUUUAAAGCAGGCACACUUACAAAAUCAGCAGGGGAUUAAAUACUUAUUGACCUCACUGUAUUUCAAUGCAAAAUGGUGACCUCCGAGUUAAAGUAGUUUUAAACAUUUUAUAAAAAUCAUCACAGUUACAUUGUUUUUUAUUUCACAUUUAUAAAGUCAAUGCCAGUGUUGAUCUAUUAAGCCAUAGGCCUACAUCUAUCUGUAGACAGUGUACUCUUUAAAUCCAUGCUAAUUUAUUGGAACUGAAGAGCUACAUUUAAAAUUCAAAUUUAUAGUUUGUUUACUGUUUAACAGUUUUGGUUAGUUUUGCAAUACAUCUACAAUAUCUAAUCCAUUCUUUGUGAUUUUGCAAAAUAACACGGAUAUGUAACUAAAGGUUGUUUUUCCUGGUUUUCUGAACUACUGAAUUUGCAGAGGUUCAUCUCUGCACAUUUUGUAGUAUGCAUUAACAGAUGUUGAGUAAAGCACAGCAUUUUCCCUAGCCCUUGCAACCAUAGCUGCAUCAAUAGCAAAAAACAACCAAUUAACCACAUGGUCCACACUAAAAGAACAGAGGCAGGGGAAGUUUGAAUCUAACCCUCCUCAGUUAAAGAUGACAUUUAAUCCAGGUUGCUUCUGUACUAUAUUUUUUCUACACUAUAGCAUGGUAUAGUAUUGUUAAGUUCUUCCAGUAUAAAAAAAAGUAUUUUGCUCUUCCUUUUGUAUAUAGGAUUCAGCCUUCAGCAGUAAGGUGGACAGUAAUCCUGUCUCUCCGAAAAGCAAAAUAUUGUUGAUUGAAACCAUUUGUAUGCUGUCAGGCAUACGUCAGUGUAACCUAAAUGCAUAAACAUAUUUAUAUACUGUCCAUAUAUAAAUUGCUAUACUGCCAUUUACCUGUAUUAUAAACGUGGUGAUGAGAAUGGGGAUUGGGAUGCUUUGGAAUAUAUGUGUUGUCAAAUAAAUAUUUUAUUAUUAAAUUAAUUUGAAUCUAGCAUUUUAUCCUAUAAAAACCUUUAGAUCAUAGGUCUUAUUAAUAUUUUUGAUGUCUUGGUUGAAUAAUUCAGAUGCAUUGUUGUGGUGUAGUAAGAGUUUUACUCUAAAUGUAUUUACUAUUUUGAAAAAUUUGUGACAUAACAUUACAUAAAUUGUACACACUGUACAUUUUUAAGUUUAUUAGUUGAUCAGACUAUAGCCAAUGAUUACAAACAACAUCAUUAAGAACAACUUGGUCAUAUAAUCUUUAUAAAGUCUAAAGAUAAAUAUGAAUUUGACAAUAUUGCCAGGUACAGAACAGAAUGAUCUACAUUUUUACUAGUUUGGUAGACGUGUAUUCAUGCUAUUGAUGUUUCUAGCUGUUCAAAUCAGACUUUUGCUUUUGCAAGCGUAAUAAGUGCUAUUCAAGCACAGCCUAAUUGUCUUACCUACAUGUUUACAAAGAAUAUUAAAUGCAUAAAACUUUCAAACAUUAUAGCUUUCACAUUUUGUAUGCACAUUUCAAUGUACCAGAUUUUUUUUUAUUUGUGCAGUCAUUGUAAAAAAGUAGUUUUUUUUCUUAACUCAUUUAAGAAACAAUUGCAGAUUAUACAGAUGGAGUUGUCUAUUAUUGUGUAUGCACAAUUUCAGUCAUGGCUAUUAAAUGCCCCAGAUGACAGACUGGAGGAGCCAUAUUAAACAUAGACAUCCCAUAAAAUAAAGGCAUAUUUGCCUCCAAAUUUUUUAUACUUAAUAACGACAAUUAAUACAUUUUCAGAACAUAAUGUUUUUUUUACUAUUAUUAAGAAGUGCAAGAAAUAAAGUGCAUGAAAACUCAGUUUUUUAUGUGUAUCAGUGCAAAUGACUACUGAAAGCUGCUUUUGUGGCAAUCUUAAUGUUUAUGGUAUGUUUUGAUAUUUUUUAAUUACACAAAGUGUUUUGUUGAGGCAUGCAUUUUUAUUUUCACAAAUCGGGUGGGUAUGCUAUGUUUUCUGUGUAAACUGUAUUUCUUCAAGUUUGGAUGUAAUUCAAAUUGUCUUGUCCUGUAAAUAAAAUUGUUUUACAAAGUCUUGUAGUUGUCAAAUUUUGCGCUCAUAGGAUUCUGCUGUUGUAGACUUGAUUUUUCAUUAAAAUGAAUGAGACUGCAUUCAUUAUUUCUUAGAAUGAUCUUACUCGUUGUAUAAACACCAUGCACUGUGCUGUGUUCUAACGUAUCUGUUUUUCCCGUUUGCCCCUGUAAAGCUGCUUUGAAACAAUACACAUUGUGAAAAGCGCUAUAUAAAUAAACUUGAAUUGAAACUUGAA